AUGCAACGAAGACGAAAACUAACAAGUGAUGGCAGCGCAACAACUGACAUGCAGAAUGAGAACUCAAACGUUCAUUCGAAGACACCUUCUCUGCAACUGAAGUUAGAUGGAAAACUAUUGGAAUCUAUAGAGGCGUGA